UGCAGCACGUCUGAAUACAGGAAGUCCCGAAACUUUUCAGCGUAGAGUCAAACUUGUUCUCCGCAUCACUCACACUCACUGUGCACACGUAUGCCUGCUGUUUGUAUGUGUGGGAGGUUGAAGAUGGUCAGAAAGCGGUCCAGUUAGUAUCGACAGACGGGUUUAUUUUGUUAGGUGGAUAUUUGCGACAGACACGCCGCUAAGUGUCGGUGAAGACACGGAACAGUGAGCUCCAACAUUUCUAUCUGAGACUGCGGUUGGCGGAGAGCCCGCGUUGACUGUCAAAAUGUGGGAACAGGACGAAUUUGCAAAACACUGGAGGAAAGAAUUUCCCGACGGAAAAGUGCCUAAAAUGGAUUUAAACUCUGUAGAGGACAUUGAGUCGGAGCUGGAGACGAGUAAAGCCAAUCUGAAGAGGCUCCAGAAGGCUCUGGCGGAGGAGAAAUUCAAGGUGAUCUACCUGCAGACCACCAUGGCUCGACAGAAGAGAAACGAGGCGGAGAGGUUUGAAGGCAAAGAUGAGAACUUCAACGCUGACACAUUUGCGUUUUCUAAAACGGGAGAUUUUAGGAAACCGCAGCGGCAGCGGGGUGAUGAGAGCGACGGGCAGAGGACCAAGGUGUCUGACUCUGGGGGGCUGAAGCCCCACGCUGCAGGUCACAUAGCGGGGAUCAUGAGCUCCUUCGGCCGUGAACGGAGCAGGUUCAGUGGCAAGACUCCUAAGCCUGUUCCCAUCCCUGUCCCGCCUCGGAAACCAACCUAUCAGACUCCAACUGUCUCUCAGCCAAAUGAUAACGAGGAGGGCAGCGACAGAGAAUACGAGGAUGCGGAGAUGAAUGAAAAUUUCGUCAGGAAUAACUUGUUGGCACCAAAGAGCGUCGGCAGGGACAACCAGAGGACGUCCAGCUCCUACCGGGACACCCGGCGGCCUUUCCGCCACAGCAGGGACUUUGACUCCGGCGACGACGGCAGGCUGUCCCCGUCCUUUCCGCACAUUCCCCGCAGAGCGUCCCGCGGCUCCGGGUGCAGCACCCCGGACAGGAGGAGUGAUGGUUACCUGAGCUCCGACCAUGACGACUCCUCUUCUGCAGACUUUAACUACAACACAGAUGGCUACGAGGGGGACGGAGCUGAGGACGGCAAGUCUCAGGAUGGCUCCGAGACGCUGCCCUAUAUAGAUGAAUCGCCCACCAUGUCGCCCCAGCUGUGUGCGCCCCAAGGGCCCGGCGGGGAAGCGGUCUCCCCCACACCACCAGAGGGCCUGGCAGGGGGAGACAUAGAGAAAGGAUUGGAGAUGAAGAAACUGGUGCUGUCCGGUUUCUUGGCCAGUGAGGAGAUCUACAUUAACCAGCUGGAGGCCCUGCUACUGCCCAUGCGUCCUCUGAAAGCCACAGCCACGACCUCGCAGCCCGUCCUCACCAUCCAGCAAGUAGAGACCAUCUUCUACAAAAUCCAGGACAUUUUUGAGAUCCACAAGGAGUUCUACGACGCCCUCUUACCCAACAUCCAGCAGUGGGACGAGAAGGUCACCGUGGGACAUUUGUUCCAGAAGCUGGCAAGCCAGUUGGGAGUAUACAAGGCCUUUGUGGACAACUACAAGGUGGCGUUAGAGACGGCAGAGAAAUGCAGCCAGGCUAACGGCCAGUUCCAGAAGAUAUCUGAGAACCUCAAAGUAAAAGGUCCUAAGGACUCCAAAGAUUCUACCACAACUGUUACAAUGGAGGCUCUCCUUUACAAGCCGAUUGACCGUGUUACCAGAAGCACCUUGGUCCUUCAUGACUUGUUGAAACACACUCCUAAGGACCACCCGGACUUCCCGCUCCUGCAGGACGCUCUGCGGAUAUCUCAGAACUUUCUCUCCUCCAUCAACGAAGAGAUUGACCCUCGCAGGACUGCGGUCACCACACCCAAAGGAGAGGCUCGUCAGCUGGUGAAGGAUGGCUUCCUGGUGGAGGUGUCGGAAAGCUCCAGGAAGCUUCGGCACGUCUUCCUCUUCACUGAUCUGCUGCUCUGUGCCAAGAUGAAGAAGACAUCUGCGGGUCGCCACCAGCAGUAUGAGUGCAAGUGGUACAUCCCUCUGGCGGACUUGACUUUCCAGACCCUGGACGACUCCGACUCUUUCUCGAGUAUCCAAGUGCUGCCCGAGCACGAGAUCGAGGAGAUGAAGAUCAAGAUCUCAGUCUUAAAGAGUGAGAUACAGAAAGAGAAGAAAGCACCGAAAGGUCAGAGUCGCGUGGAUCGUCUGAGGAAGAAGAUGAAUGAGCAGGAGUCGUGGCUGCUCCUGCACUCUCCCACAAUCCCUUUCCGCAUCCACAAUAAACAUGGAAAGAGCUACCAGUUCCUCCUCUCCUCUGAUUAUGAGAGGUCAGAGUGGAGGGAAAGCAUCCAGAAACUCCAGAAGAAAGAUCUCCAGGGUUGUGUAUUAAGUUCUGUUGAGCUCCAGGUCCUGACCAGCUCCUGUUUCAAACUCCGAACUGUCCACAACAUUCCUGUCACCAGCAACAAAGAUGAUGAGGAGACUCCUGGCCUGUACGGCUUCCUGCAUGUGAUCGUCCACUCUGCCAAAGGAUUCAAGGAGUCAGCCAAUCUAUACUGCACCCUUGAAGUGGACUCGUUUGGAUACUUUGUCAGCAAGGCCAAGACCCGUGUCUUCAGAGACACCGCAGAGCCCCAGUGGAACGAAGAGUUUGAGAUUGAGUUGGAGGGCUCCCAGUACCUGCGGAUCCUGUGCUACGAGAAAUGCUACGACAAAAGCAUGCUCAACAAGGACGACAACGAGAUUGUGGACAAGAUCAUGGGCAAAGGGCAAGUCCAGCUGGAUCCUCAGACAGUGCAGUCCAAGAACUGGCACAUGGAUGUCAUAGAGAUGAACGGGAUCAAAGUGGAAUUUUCCAUGAAGUUUACGAGUCGGGACCUCAGCUUGAAGAGAACGCCGUCCAAAAAACAGAGUGGGGUGUUUGGAGUCAAAAUCAACGUGGUGACAAAGCGUGAACGCUCCAAGGUGCCUUACAUUGUCCGUCAGUGCAUUGAGGAAGUGGAGAAGAGAGGGAUUGAUGAAGUGGGAAUCUACCGGAUCUCAGGGGUGGCCACUGAUAUUCAGGCCCUCAAAUUAGCAUUUGACACCAAUACCAAAGAUAUACUGGUGAUGCUGAGCGACAUGGACAUCAACGCCAUCGCAGGAACACUGAAGUUGUACUUCAGGGAGCUGCCGGAGCCUCUGCUCACCGACCGCCUCUACCCCGCCUUCAUGGAGGGCAUAGCGCUCUCAGACCCGGCAGCCAAGGAGAACUGCAUGAUGCACCUCCUGCGCUCCCUGCCUGACCCCAACCUCAUGACCUUCCUCACUCUGCUGGAGCACCUCAAACGCAGGGUGGCUGAGAAGGAGCCCAUCAACAAGAUGUCCCUCCAUAACCUGGCCACGGUGUUUGGCCCCACUCUGCUCAGGCCCUCCGAGUCAGAGAGCACGAAGGGACAGCACAUCACCUCUGCCUCUGAUAUCUGGUCACAUGAUGUGAUGGCGCAGGUCCAGGUGCUGCUCUAUUACCUGCAGCAUCCUCCCAUCUCCUUUGCCGAACUGAAGCGCAACACACUCUACUUUUCCACUGACGUUUAAUCCCCACCCACCUCCCUCAGGGCGCCAUCUGGAGAGGAGAGAGUGAGAGACUUUAAACAAGCCAUGGUCCUCGCCACUCGGUCGUCCUGCCUCACCUCUCCUCCAGCAGGCAGCUCAUUUCGACUGUACAGGCCCCCCCCCUACACACACACACACAGAUCCCUCUUGUCUACACCCCCAAACCAACCACCUCACACCCCAGUCCUGAAAAGAGAUGGAAGCGAGCACUUAGGGAGGUGGUGAUGGACAUUUCCUGGUCAUUUAGUCAUCACAUGUUGUUCCUGUUUGUAAUAAGAGGAGAGCAGACCCCCUGCUUCUCCCGCCGACGAGACAGCAAGGCAUUCUGGGACCACAGAGGAAAAGAUCAAGAGGGUACGGAGGCCACAGCCUGGUGCAGUGGCACAGGAUCACGCCCAUGUGUCAUGGUGACAUCUAGUGAGCCUUCUCCAGAUGUGGGUUUGAUUGAUAUCUCAGUAACCAGUCGACUCAGCCCCCAGCUUCUUUUUCCUGAUCAGAGGCAUUCCAGAAAAAUGGCAUUUAUAUGUUUGAUAAUUAUGUUCAACAGCUGUUUUGUUUUCCUUCUUUCCCUCUCUCCUUCUUUGUUUCUGUCUUUCUGGCUUUGUGCAUGUGGUGGAGGCCGGGGUGUGUGAGUGACAAUGUGGAUGUAUUUGAGUGAGUGUGUGUGUUUAAGGGACUAUGAGAACUUGUGAGGUUUUGAAGUGGCUGGGAAGCCAUCCAAAUAAAUGGCUGGCGACGUGUGUCUCUCUCUGUACUGACAAACAUGAGAGAACUGCCCUCCCCAGUGAGUCUUGGCCAAAUUAGCCCUAUUUAUUUUAAAUAUAUAUAAUAUGUGUGCCUGUACAGUUCUGUGCAACUAGAGAAAUGCUCUAAGGAGUCUGUUUUUUGAAGUUUUUUCAGGUAGUGAUGUUAUUUUUAGUCUGAUUUUCUCAUUCACCAUGUCCAUGGUUGGUAAGCUGUACUGAAGAGUUCAACAGAAAGUCUGCCAAUUAAUUUCAGAUCACUUUGUAGAGGAGGAAGGGCACUCUGUGACAUGAGGGUUGUUGGGGAAAAAACACAAUAAAUGGAACAUUUAGCUUUUUUCUUGUUAUUUCAUUGCAAGCUUGUUCCAAGUGUCUUACUGCACCGGUAUAAUCUAUAGAGUUGAUUUGUGUAGUUGCCCUCAUUGCAUGUUCAGCUUGUCAAUCAAA